CAUCAUGGGACGCAAGGAUAAAAACAAAAAGAAAGGCAAAGGUGCCGAAAAAACGUCCAUGAAGACGGAUAAAAAGCUUGUGGCAAAGCAGAAAAAGCUACUCGCCAAGUUGGGUGAGGACGAUAUCGAAAACAUUGUUGCAAAAUAUGAAACGAAGGACACCAAGUCAUCCGAUCUGACCGAAAUUGUUUGUCCACCACCGACGGCACGCGUGAACGUCGGCAUCUGUGCUCAUCCGGCUGACAAGGAAGAAAUUUUCAUCCAUGGUGGUGAGUUCUUCAACGGUCAGCAAACCGUCAUUUACGGUGACUUUUAUUCGUACAACGUGGCAAAGGGCGAGUGGAAAACGCUGAAAUCUUCCAUCUGUCCGGCACCGCGCAGUGGCCAUCAGAUGGUAUCGGUCGCGACGGACGGUGGCCAGAUCUGGUUGUUUGGGGGCGAGUAUGCGUCACCCUCCCAGCUUCAGUUCUAUCACUUCCGCGAUCUGUGGGUUUACCGGAUGGCGAAAAAGCAGUGGGAAAAGCUGAACGCUCCAAAUGGGCCCAGCGCUCGCAGCGGCCAUCGGAUGGUGGUCACACGCAAGAAGCUGUUCGUGUUUGGUGGUUUCCACGACAAUAACGCUUCGUAUCGCUACUUUAACGAUCUGUACGCAUUCUCGCUGGAGAACUACACCUGGACGAAGAUUGAAGCUGGCGGGCCGGUACCGCCAGCACGUUCCGGUUGCUGCAUGGUGGCUAAUACGGAUGGAAAGAUUCUAAUCUGGGGUGGUUACUCGAAAACCAACGUUAAGAAGGAAAUUGACCGAGGAACAACGCACACGGACAUGUACACACUAGUGGCCGAUAAGCAGGACGCGAAGGGCCAGACCGGUGGCUACAAAUGGACCAGCGUUAAACCGAAUGGUAAAAAACCGGCACCAAGGAGUGGAAUGGCCGUUGCAAUUGCACCGAACGGCAAAGCGUACGCGUUCGGUGGUGUGAUGGACACGGAGGAGGAUGAGGAGGAUGUUAGGGGGUUGUUUAGCAAUGAGCUGCAUGCACUCGACACCAAUGCCUGUACCUGGCGUAAGCUAGAGCUGGCGGCAAAGGUAAGAAAAAGCACCUCCAAGGCGGCUGACGUAGAGAUGGGUGAGGAAGAAAAGCAAGCGAUCGAGGCAAAGAAGAUCGUGUCGGAUGAUGGUGUUUUUACCAUGACCGUUGGAGGUGGUAGUGGAGGGCCGGCCAAGGGAGCAAGCAAAACCGAGGCGGAUGAUAGUGGUGGUGCUCUUGAUCUUGGAGGACCUUCUCCGAGAAUGAACGCGGCUAUUGUUGUGUGUAAAGGGCAACUUUUUGUCUACGGAGGGCUUUUCGAAUCAGGUUCCAGGCAGUUCACUUUAAGCGAUCUGUAUUCUCUUGAUUUGCAUAAGUUGGAUGUGUGGAAAACAUUGAUUGCCAACAGCUUAAACGCAAGCGAAUGGCUCGGUUCCGACAGCGAAGGAGAUUCUUCAGACGAUGAUGAGGAUGAUGAUGACGACGACGACGACGACGACGAUGAUGAUGAUGAUGACGACGAUGAUAGUUCGGAGGAUGAUUCUUCCGGUAUGGAAACAGAAUAAGGAUUCAUUGUAUUAAGAAAAUUGUCUCCUUCCCGAUGU